AUGCAAUCGAUUAAGCGCUCGUUAUAUAUUGGUACUUCAGAAGAUUCCGUUCCAUCUGUAUUCGUUCAUACAUCACUAUCUUCUGUUCAUAAAACAAAGUCCUUUGAUUCUCUCGUUAUAAAGAUUUCCAACUGUUUAGCACAAGACGAUUUGAAUAAUAUUUGGAAUGAGCUGUCGAAAUUAGCCAAGAAGGCAAAUAUUGAUUUAUGUGACCACCUACCUAUAGCCCUUCCUGCUCAUAUGCAAAUGACGUUGCUGAAAGUUUUACGCAAAUGCGUUAAUGAAAAACUUUUCCACCGGGUGCUCACACUUCUUGUCCAUUCAAGACUGAUCACCGAAUCGAAAGCAUGCUGUAAAUUCAUUGAAUUAUUAGCUAGUAAAAGUCUUAUCCAAGAAGCGGUUGUUUUUUUGCGCUUUUCGCUAGUAGUGGAUGAUCGAACAUAUGCGACGUUUCUCAAAGUGUGUUCCAAUGAGUCAGUUUCAGAAAGCUUUGAUCUGCUUCUAGCUUUGUUAGAAAAGCCAGUUAACAGCUGGGGGUUACGACUGUUUGUUUCACAGGAAUUGACUGAAACUGAAGUUACGAUCCUCAUUGAACGACUGAUAUUAUUGGGCUGUGAAAGGAAGGGCGAUGAAUUAUUUGACAAGAUACUAAAGCUUGUGGCAGUUCUCGCUGAUAGCCAUUCACAGCGUUUUAUUUGGAAUGAAAAAUGUCACGCUGUAAUACGAAGUGUUUCUUCUUUUGCAGCAAUUAUGGUAUUCCUUAUUUCUUAGUGUCAUUUAGUUUGGGAUCUUAUUUCACAUCACUUAUGGGUAUAUUUUAUAGCUCUCGGCUAGCAUAUUUUGGUGGGUAUUUGGUUUUUAACGCUAAAGAAAUAUCUGCAAAUUUAACUUAG